AUUUCUAGCUAAUAAUGCCUUACACCCACCAAAAAAUGGCUGUUUCUUGAUAUUUAUAGUAUAUAUAUAUAUAUAUAUAAUAUAUAUAUACUAAUCUUUCAAUGUCACCACGAGAAUAAACCCCCUUGGACUUAUCUUUUCAUAGCUCAUUCUUAAGGUACAUAAGAUGCCUGGAAUAGUUAUGGAUGGAAAGAGUGAAGAUGUGGUGGUGAAUUCUAUGAAUGGAAAUUCUACACCUCCUAAGGAAAACCCAGUUGUAGAUAUGUCCCAAAAGAGUGAUUUGAGCCCACGUAGCCCUCAGAACAUGGGUUCCAAUCUCCCAGGUGAUGAGAUUAUUGACACCUCAAUUGAGCAGCUAUAUGAAAAUGUUUGUGACAUGCAGAGUUCUGAUCAAUCACCAUCAAGGCGUAGCUUUGGAUCUGAUGGUGAAGAGUCUAGGAUCGAUUCGGAGUUGCGCCAUCUUGUUGGAGGAGAGAUGAGGGAAGUGGAGAUAAUGGAAGAAGAGGUUCUAGGGAAGCCCAUGGAUGAUUCUCGUAGUGAUUCAGGUUCUAAGAAGGGAAGCUCAUCUGCAGGUAAAAAAGGAGAAAGGGCAGAGAAGACUCAAUCUGCAAGUGCAAAAUCUGUAUCUUCAGGGAAGUCAAAGAAAGCUUCUGCUGUGCAGUUGGAAUCUGAAACAUCACCAAAAUCAAUUUCUAAGGGCAAGACAUCUCCUGAGAAGCCUCCACUUGAUAGGAAAGUUGAUAGGAAUCCACGGAAACAAAAUUCGGGAGGGAAGAAAGUAAGAAAUUUGGCUUUGGGAGGGUCAAAGUUGCAGAAUGGAAUGGAUGAUCCAACUGAAGCAGGCUUAGAAAAUCCAGAUCUGGGCCCAUUUUUACUUAAGCAAGCAAGGCAUUUGGUUUCUUCUGGAGAGAAUUUACAUAAGGCUCUUGAUUUUGCUCUUCGAGCUGCAAAGUCGUUUGAAAAGUGUGCAAAUGGAAAACCCAGUUUAGAACUAGUCAUGUGUUUACAUGUUACGGCAGCAAUAUACUGUAGCUUAAGCCAGUACAAUGAGGCGAUUCCUGUUCUUGAGCGCUCCAUUGAGGUUCUGUCGGUUGAGGAAGGCCAAGAGCAUGCCCUUGCUAAAUUUGCUGGUCAAAUGCAGUUGGGAGAUACUUAUGCUAUGCUGGGCAUGCUUGAGAAUUCACUGAUGUGCUACACAAAGGGACUGGAAAUCCAGAAACAAAUGUUGGGAGAAACAGACCCAAGAGUUGGUGAGACUUGUAGGUAUCUGGCUGAAGCUCAUGUUCAAGCAUUGCAGUUUGAUGAGGCUGAAAAGCUUUGCCAGAUGGCUCUUGACAUUCAUAGAGAAAAUGGCUCCCCUGCUUCUCCAGAAGAGGCUGCAGAUAGAAGGCUGAUGGGUCUUAUAUAUGAAACAAAAGGAAAUCAUGAAGCUGCCCUGGAGCAUCUUGUUUUAGCUAGCAUGGCAAUGGCUGCAAAUGAUCAGGAAGUUGAGGUGGCGUCUGUUGAUUGCAGCAUUGGAGACACAUACUUAUCUUUGUCUCGGUAUGAUGAGGCUAUUUUUGCUUAUCAGAAAGCACUCACUGUGUUCAAGACCACUAAAGGAGAGAACCAUCCAUCUGUUGGUUCAGUCUUUGUUCGACUAGCUGAUUUAUACAACAGGACAGGGAAGAUAAGAGAAUCAAAAUCGUACUGUGAGAAUGCCCUUCGUAUUUAUGAAAAGCCAAUGAUUGGGAUUCCUGCAGAGGAAAUAGCAAGUGGCCUGUCAGAUAUAUCUACUAUCUAUGAAUCAAUGGAUGAGCUUGAGCAAGCACUGAAAUUGCUGGAGAAGGCAUUGAAGAUAUAUAAUGAUGCUCCUGGUCAGCAGAGCACAAUAGCUGGAAUUGAAGCCCAGAUGGGGGUCUUGCACUACAUGUUGGGGAACUAUUCAGAAUCUUACAACUCUUUCAAGAACGCAAUUUCAAAACUCCGUGCAAGUGGAGAGAAGAAAUCUGCUUUCUUUGGAAUUGCUCUUAACCAAAUGGGACUUGCUUGUGUACAGCGGUAUGCUAUAAACGAGGCCCUGGAGCUAUUUGAGGAAGCCAGGAGCGUUUUGGAACAAGAGUGUGGACCAUAUCACCCUGACACACUAGGGGUGUAUAGCAAUCUUGCUGGAACUUAUGAUGCAGUUGGGAGGCUGGAUGAUGCAAUUGAAAUCUUGGAGCAUGUUGUUGGCAUGAGGGAGGAGAAACUGGGGACUGCAAAUCCUGAUGUGGACGACGAGAAAAGAAGGUUAGCAGAGUUACUGAAAGAAGCAGGCCGAGUUCCAAGCAGAAAGGGCCGAUCACUAGAGACCCUCCUUGAUACAAACUCACAUGGGGUAAAAGAUAAUGGCGUUCAAUUGUGAUCUAUAAGAUCUUCAUGAACAAAUAUUUUUGUAUUAUAUGAACAAAUUUAAGCAGGAAAGGAGAUACACAAAAACAAAAAAAUCAAAGAUAACACGACCCAAAAGAAUGAAGAAACUGUUUAUGGUCACCAUUCAUGUUAUGGAGGAUGGAAACGAAAUAACCCAAGAUGAAGCUGGGUUUUGUUUGUACAAUUAUUUAUACUAGAAAACAAAAUUAUUCUGUAGGUCAUCAAGUGAUUGUACUAAACUUGGCUGACCUUUUCUUUUACCAUUUUGUAUUUUUGACUAUUGAAUAAUCAUAGAUGUGUUGAUACUGUUUAUCAACUUGAAGAUUGUUUUGUAUUUAUGUAAACCAUAUUUGUUGAAAUAUCAAUUUGUUUCAUUUCAUUGCA